AUGGAUUCGUACACCCUUAAUCAGCUCACUGAAGAAGUUUUUGGUCACUUAUGUAAUAUUGCCAUUGAUAAAUGUAAUGACAAGAUGGAGAAGCGUAGAGCUGGUUGUGGAGGGAGUGCGAUGAGGAAAAGAGUGCUUAUCAAAAACUUUGUAUCGGACCUCCUCAAAUCUCACGGGGAAAAAGUUACGGAGGAUGAUACAAAUGAUUAUAAGGGGAAAGAGUCGUUGUCUAAUCACCUGAUAACCUCUAGUUAUGAUUAUAAUUUAAAUCAAGUUCAUUUUAAUGGUGAUGGUAGCACACACUACAUUAGGUAUAUGGAUGAUAUGGACUCAUCAGAAGCUUCGCUUUGUGACGUUGAUGACAGCGAUAUCAAUAUGGAGCUGCUAGACGAGCAUGAUAUACCGAAGAAUGACUGUUGGUUGUCAUCCGGGUGUAUAGAUUCUAAUCAGUAUCACGAUUAUACGAUAGGAUCUUCUUUUCUAUCAGGCCGUGAUGGAGCAGAGAGUCGUGCGGAAAUCAAAUCUCCACUGGAUUGUCUUGACGAUUCAGACCGUCUGAGUAUUUAUGAUUGCUAUUCUUCCAUUUCUGAAUCAGCGACUGAAGGAGGAUCCCCUGAAUCCUCGCUACCUCUACCGUCAAUGCCCGCACAUGGCUUCGAGAGUGCGUACGAUCUUUCGAUGACGUCAUCUUAUGAACUGGAACCCUUGUCAGCCCUUUCAACACUUUGCGAUGUCGGGAAUAGUUCCCCGUUGCAACCUGUGCGUGCUGAACCCAGUGACCAACUAUUCCUCUCUUUAAAUAAUAACUGCUAUUCCGAAAUGAAAACUUACACGCCGCUGAUGGAGAAAUCUUCGGAUGAUGUAAUGUCGCCACCUCAUUCAGAAUGUUUGACUGAUCUCGAUGCCAUUAAUCCUCUAGUUUCGCCGAAGAAACGAAAAAGUAGCGAGUUCCUCUUUCUUGGCGGCGUCGAUGCUUCUCAUCAGAAGCGUUUAAAACUGUGA